CCGUGGGCACGACUCACUACUGGCAAGAUGGAACGGGAGGGGCAGUGGUGGAAGAGCCAGCUCGCUGCAGACAUCCACCAGUCUUUACGAAUAAAGGAGCUGAAGUUGCCCACCUACAAGUCCCACUCUCCUCAGAUAGGGAUGCGGCGUUACUUUGCUGACCUGCUGGCUGUCCUCAGUAACCGCUACCAGCUGUGCCCAGCGGCUCGCCACCUGGCCGUCUACCUCCUGGAUUUGUUCAUGGACCACUACGACGUAGCAGUCCGCCAGCUCUACAUCAUUGCCCUCUCCUGCCUCCUCCUAGCCAGUAAGUUUGAAGAGAAGGAGGACCGUGUACCAAAGCUGGAGCAGCUAAACUCUCUGGGCUUCAUGUGUAGCCUGAACCUGUCACUGAGCAGGAAGGACCUGGUAAAGAUGGAGCUGCUCCUCUUAGAGACGUUUGGCUGGAACCUGUGUAUGCCCACGCCUGCACACUUCAUAGACUACUACCUCCAUGCCGCUGUACAGGAGGGAGAACUGCACAACGGCUGGCCCCUCUCCUCCCUCAGUAAGACCAAAGCCUUCAUGGACAAGUACACACACUACUUCCUGGAAGUCUCACUGCAAGACCAUGCCUUCCUCGGCUUCCGACCGUCCCAGGUGGCGGCAGCCUGCAUUGCGGCGUCCCGCAUCUGUCUCCAGAUCACCCCAAGCUGGACCACCGUUCUCCACCUGCUCACCGGAUACUCCUGGGAGCCCCUCACCCCGUGCAUCGAGCUCAUGCUGCUUGCCCAUGACAACGAUGUGAAACAAGCCAACAAAUCCAAGUCCAACUCUCCGUCUGUCCAGAGUCCUCUCCAACCCCAGGCCCUUCCCUCAACCUCCACAGUCUCUGUCUCCACCUUGAAACAGCCCUUAUCUACCUCUCAGCAGCUGCUCUUCCAGACAGGUGGAUACCAGCAGCAGCUCACCCAGCACUCUACUCCCCUUUCCCAGCUGCACAUGCUAGGUGAGUCCCCGGCUCUGGGCCCUGUUGGGUCUCGCGACUACCUCCUCUCAGGGUCGGUUUCUCAGGGAGUCUUCCCCUCCUACCCCAGCUUAGCCUCAGGGCUGCGCUCCUCCCUGCCCCUGCAGGGACCCAUCUCCAUGCAAGUGUCUCUUGCUGCAGAGCCCCGUCACUGCCUCCCCCUGUCGUACAGGGGAGGCUACCUGGGCUCCCAUCACACCUACACAGCGGGCUGCUUCGACAGGUGACGCCAGGAGAGGGAGGACAAACAGAACCUGGGGCAGUCAGUGUCCUCCUCCAUCCGUUCUGACCUCAUCCACUGGGGACAAAGGAAACCAAAACAAAGAAGCAAUGUCAAUGCAGAUGUUGCUGAGGUCAUAAUAUUGACCUAACAAAAGCCCUACCUAUUUGAAAUGAGACACUUUGUGAUGAGCUGAUUACAUACAGUACAUAAUGUUCCCUUCACGUGACUGCUUGCUCUAUACUGAGACUGUGAGGCUGGUUUAGCCACUGUGAUUCUGCUAUCAACUGUGGUUGUGUGGAGCCCCUGCUUCCAAAUCAGUUCUCUCAAUGUGGGACUGCUGUUUUUUUAUAUACUAUUAUCUUUCAAUGCUGCUGCUUUAAACAAAAUUAUGACUUUAUGAUCAGUGAAAAGUGGUCUGUCCUUGGUAUUAUUUACAUGAACUAUAUCAUUUCAGGGUUUGAAGUAGUACUUGAAAGAAUAUGUAUUUAAACUACUGUGUAAAUUAAUUUCUUUUUUGAUGUUGUGUUUUCUUUCUUUUUUCUACUGGGUAAAAACAGUGUGUAUUGUAAUGUAGGAGAUGCCUUGCUAUGAUUUCUGUUCCAUCUUUGGCCUUGGCUGGUGUAGAGUAGUCUCAAUCUUGUUUUGCCUUUCUGGUGCCUCUGGAAGCAGAUGGAGCCAUGGUUCCCAGGGGAACAGCCACAUCCAUCCUCUCAGCACAUCAAACCACAGGGGAAGAAGUGAUGCUUUACUAGCUAGUCCCCAGGGGGGCAAAGCCAUGCUUUCUCCUCAGUUAAUGUAAAUUCUCCUGACUGGUACCAUUUCAUCUCAAUGUCUGACUGAAACCCAGGACAGUCACACAACCCUCACUGGAACAGCUACGGUUGCUGUCCUUGUCACAAGGACCUUGAGCAGUUAAUAACACCAGGAUCACGUUGGGAAGGCUUCUGCACAGGAUAGCUUGUAGUUCAGUACCGCUGACAUUCUCAUCUGGUCAUACUACUACUGAUGUCCUACCUCACUCUCCAGGGGGGUUGCUAUUUGUGUAGUUUUACUGUAAUUUACUGUACCUGUAAAAUGGACCAUGCUCGAUCAGAUGUAAAGAGUGCCACCAAACAUUUAUCCUAAAUUAGUAAAAGUAUAGUUGACCUUUAAAGCUGGGACCCUUAAGGGUGAAACUGCCACGUCUGUUUUGUGAAAAUACAACAAAGAAGUUACUGCAAACAACAACCCCCCUCCACCGGACACCAUUGCACGUGCGAUAGAACAGCUGCAUAAAGUGCAUUCGGAAAGUAUUCACACCCCUUGACUUUGUCCACAUUUUGUUACGUUAGUCUUAUUCUAAAAUGUAUUGAAAAAUAAAUCGAUCUAUACACAAUACCCCAUAAUGACAAAGCAAAAACAAAAUCCAUUAAAAAACUGAAAUACUUUCUUUGCACAAGUAUUCGGACCCUUUCCUAUGAGACUGGAAAUUGACCUCGGGUGCAUCCUGUUUCCAUUGAUCAUCCUUGAUAUUUCAACAACUUGAUUGGACAUGAUUUGGUAAGGCACACAUCUGUGUAUAUAAGGUCCCACAGAUGACAAUGCAUGUCGGAGCAAAAACCAAGCCAUGAGGUCCAAGGAAUUGCCCGUAGAGCUCAGACAGGAUUGUGUCAAGGCACAGAUCUGGGGAAGGGUAACAAAACAUUUCUGCAGCGUUGAAGGUCCCCAAGAACACAUUGGCCUCCAUCAUUCUUAAAUGGAAGACGUGUGGAACCACCAAGACUCUACCUAGAGCUCAAUCAAUCAAAUGUAUUUAUAAAGCUCUUCUUACAUCAGCUGAUGUCACAAAGUGCUGUACAGAAACCCAGCCUAAAACCCCAAACAGCAAGCAAUGUAGGUGUAGAAGCACGUGGCCAGGAAAAACCCCUAGAAAGGCCAGAACCUAGGAAGAAUCCUAGAGAGGAACCAGGCUAUGAGGGGUUGCCAGUCCUCUUCUGGCUGUGCUGGGUGGAGAUUAUAACAGAACAUGGCCAAGAUGUUCAAAUGUUCAUAGAUGACCAGCAGGGUCAAAUAAUAAUAAUCACAGUGGUUGUCGAGGGUGCAACAGGUCAGCACCUCAGGAGUAAAUGUCAGGUGGCUUUUCAUAGACUAUCAUUGAGUAUCUCUACUGCUCCUGCUGUCUCUAGAGAGUUGAAAACAGCAGGUCUGGGACAGGUAGCACGUCCAGUGAACAGGUGAGGGUUCCAUAGCUGCAGGCAGAAGAGUUGAAACUGGAGCAGCAGCACGGCCAGGUGGGCUGGGGACAGCAAGGAGUCAUCAGGCCAGGUAGUCCUGAGGCAUGGCCCUAGGGCUCAGGUCCUCAGAAAGAAAGAAAGAGAAAGAGAGAGAAUUAGAUAGAGCAUACUUAAAUUCACACAGAACACCGGAUAAGACAGGAGAAAUAAUCCAGAAAUAACAGACUGACCCUAGCCCCCGACACACAAACUACUGCCGCAUAAAUACUGGAGGCUGAGAUAGGAGGGGUCGGGAGACACUGUGGCCCCGUCUGACGAUACCCCGGACAGGGCCAAACAGGCAGGAUAUUAGCUCACCCACUUUGCCAAAGCACAGCCCCCACACCAUUAGAGGGAUAUCUUCAACCACCAACUUACCAUCCCGAGACAAGGCUGAGUAUAGCCCACGAAGAUCUCUGCUA